GGGGCGCCGGCAGGCGUUGAAGCCGCGCGGGCGGGCGGCGCGGCGCCACGCGCUGGGGGAGCGGGCGGCGCGCGCUGCCCCGUCAGGCGCCCGGCGCGGCCGCCUCCGCCGUGGCCCCCGCCCCCGGCGGCGGUGCCGGGGCGGGCCGAGGCGAGCGGAGGGGAGCGGAGCGCGCCGCACGCUGCCCAGCGCGAAGAUGGCAGCGGGGGAGCCGCAAGCCAAGAAGCUCAAGCUGGAGCCUAACCAACUUAGUGAAAAUGUCCUGUUUGGAAUGGGAAAUCCUCUACUUGAUAUCUGUGCAGUUGUGGACAAGGACUUCCUUGACAAGUAUGGGCUGAAGCCAAAUGACCAAAUUCUGGCAGAGGAGAAACACAAAGAAUUAUUUGAAGAACUUGUGAAAAAGUUCAAAGUAGAAUAUCAUGCUGGUGGCUCUACUCAAAAUUCCGUUAAAGUGGCCCAGUGGAUGAUUCAGAGCCCCUACAAAGCUGCAACUUUCUUUGGAUGCAUUGGCAAAGAUAAAUUUGGGGAGAUCUUAAAGAAGAAGGCUGAGGAGGCUCAUGUGGAUGCCCAUUACUAUGAGCAGAGUGAAGAGCCAACAGGAACCUGUGCUGCAUGUAUCACUAGCGAUAACAGGUCUCUUGUAGCUAACCUUGCUGCUGCUAAUUGCUAUAAGAAGGAAAAGCAUCUUGAUUUGGAGAAGAACUGGAAGUUGGUGGAAAAGGCCAAAGUUUAUUAUAUAGCAGGAUUCUUCCUGACGGUGUCACCAGAAGCGAUAUUAAAAGUGGCUGCUCAGGCUUCUGCAAACAACAAGAUCUUCAGCUUGAAUCUUUCUGCACCAUUUAUUAGCCAGUUCUACAAAGAGCCUAUGAUGAAAGUCAUGCCUUAUGUUGACGUCCUUUUUGGAAAUGAGACGGGUAAAAGAUGCUAUUUAAAUGAAGCUGCCACUUUUGCUAGAGAGCAAGGCUUUGAGACUGACGACAUUAAAGAGAUAGCCCGGAAGACACAAGCCCUGCCAAAGGUGAACCCUAAAAGGCAACGAAUCGUAGUGUUUACCCAGGGGAAAGAUGACACUAUAAUGGCUACAGAAAAUGAAGUAACUGCUUUCCCUGUGUUGGUGAGUGAUCAAAGUGAAAUUGUGGAUACCAAUGGAGCUGGGGAUGCAUUUGUUGGAGGCUUUCUCUCGCAGCUCGUCUACGACCGGCCAGUGACCGAGUGCAUCCGAGCUGGACAUUAUGCAGCCAGUGUAAUUAUCAAGCGUUCAGGUUGCACUUUCCCAGAGAAGCCCGACUUCCACUGAUGCUGGUGAAUCAGAGGGAUCAAGAGAAAAUCCCAUGUUGCCAUGGGACCGCUGCCUAAAUUUUUCCUCCUUCCCUUUCCUCACCCUUCCAAUUACCUGCAUCAACGCUUCUGUACUUCUGUUCAUUUUAUCCUAAACAAAAUAUAUAUUUCUAUGGUAUUUUCCUUUUCAUACCACUAUAAUGUCUCACAAGUCUUAACUUUGGGAAACAGCACUAAGUGAAGCUUAUUCUCUCAUCAGCCUGGAAGAAUGUUCUUUUACACAGUUUAUAAGUAAGUCCCAUGUAAAUUACACUGCUGAUUAACCCCAUUAAAAUACUUCUAUUGAAAUCUGUUGUUUGUGUCCAGCUAUGGCCAAAUCCUAUUCAACUUACUCGCAUGAAAUCAACAGACCUGACUUUUUUGUCUCAUAAUGUUGUAAUCCAGGAAUAGUUCUUUGUAAAUCAGUGGAGUCACACUAGUGUUAAGAGUGGUGUGAAUAUCCCAGAAAUUUCCUUACAUGUUUUCGUGUACACAAUCUGGCCGUCAGAUCCAGCCCAGCUCCCAUGAAAGUGAAUAGCUAUUUCGUCAGUAAUUUCAGGACAUGAUCCAAAGCUGAUGAUGUGUAUUAAGUAUUCUGCCACUGAUUUGGAUCCAGCUUUGGUCUGGCACUAUGUGAGAGCAGGUUCUGGCUGCUGUACUGUAAAUUCACGUUCAUCUGUCAGGAGAGCUAGAAGAUAGGUACUUUCAGUGAUUUCAGGGCAGAGGCAUGAGUUGAUGAUGAAAAUGGACAUAUGGAUAGAUCCCAUCUCCUCAAUGUAAGCUUUUUAGAGGCUGUAUUUAAUUAAGGUACACAUAGUGAAAAUGAGGUACAGAAAUAUUUAUGCAGGAUAUAUUGACAGGAUAUGCCAAAUGGAAUCUCUGAAACGCACAUUUUUAAACUUUUAAUUUACUUUGGAUAAUUAAGCAAUAUGGUGGAUUUUGUUUGUAUUUGCAGUAUUCAAAGAAGUGAUCUGACACUGCAUUCAUUACUUUGCUAUGUAAUUUGAUACUGAUAAAUAAAAAAUUGUCAUACAGUA